AUGAGGAAAUUGACGAGAUGUAGGAUACUCCGCGAUGAAAGUUUGACUCGGAGAAAACUGAUCCUGUUUCUUGGCGCGAUCAUAUUCACCAUUUAUUUACUUGUCCAAAGAAAUGAAGGAACAGAGGACCAUCAACAGACAGGAGGGACGCCAAUUUCAGGUACCACUCGUUAAUUUAGUGCUUAUAUCAGUCAGCUGAGGAAGUGAAAGGUGUAACCAAUUAGAAUAUGAUGUUGCUAAUUCUCUUCCUCUAGAGCGUAAUUCUCUUACCCAGACCUUCGGCGGCCAAGUGGUUGUCAAUUACAAUUAAACGGCAGGAUCUGGGUAAGAGAUUAGUUUGGACUGCUAAAGAAUUCAAAUGAUACAAAGGACCACAAAAGAUUUCAUAAAAAUGUUAUUUCUUGUUUCAAAAUAUUUAUCUCAUCACUGCCGAUACCUUGACAUUUUCUACCCUUAUUUCAUUGUAUUCUUUUAGGAAUCUGGCGUUCUUUGUAUCCAUUUCAUGCUAAUGACAGUCUAGAUGGCGAAAGUUUACCACUUGGACAGAUGCAAACAUACGAACAACGCAAAGAGGCAAGAUGCCGUCAUAACUGGCAGAAAAGUUAUAAAAAACUUCACCAGGACAUUCUUCAAGCACGGCGCCCGCAAAAGUUUAUCGUGUUCACGUGCAAAGAAGAAGGAUACGAGUGCGGGGGUUAUGGAAAUAGACUUGGAGGAGUUACUUCACUUUUAUUUCUCUCUAUCUUGACACAAAGAGCACUUUUAAUAGACUGGGAUCAUGGAGCCCCACUUGAACGUUUCCUUGUCCCAAAAGGUGUUCAGUGGAACUAUUCUAUGGAGAAUUUAAAACAUUUCGACUCGAGGAUACAUUAUUUAGGAAAAAAAGAACAUUUCGAGAAGACUCGAAGUGAUGUUUUGAAGCCGUGGAAAACAAAACUAGAUUUUCAAGCGUGGCUGCGGCAGGCAGACCUCUCAUCGUAUUUCGAUCACCCCGUUGAGAAGAUUGUCAGCAAUUGGAAUUUUGCAAACGCCUUGUUGGAAAAGCCUUUCCUUGAGAAAAACGUAAAUUGCCAAGAAAAACCAACAAGUCCUUGGUAG